AUGGUGCGCAUCGCUAGCGCACUCGGGCUCGUCAUGUUCAGUGUGGCGCUGCUCAUUCUGUCGCUCAUCAGCUACGUGUCCAUAAAGAAGGACUUCCUCCUCGGGAACCCCAGAUAUGGACCAAAUGGGGGACCGAGGAUGUACAUGUUCCAUGCAGGGUAUCGCUCCCAGUUGGCACUGAAGUAUCUGGACCCAGUUUUCACGCCACUGGCCAAUGCUCUUAGCGAAGACCUGAAGAAUUCCUCUAAAUGGAGGUACAACAGCACAGCUUUUAUUCAACAAAGGAAGGAAAUCUCUCAGUACGUGGACAUUGCUCAUAAUUUCACAUUAACACGCAGCCUAGUCCGCAUUGGCCAGCUGAUGCAUUACGCCUACUCCAGCCACAAGUACGUCUACUCCAUCGGCGAGAACUUCCGCUCGCUCCUCCCCGAGGUCUCACCCGUUCUGAACAAGCACUACAAUGCCUGCGCAGUUGUCGGCAACAGCGGCAUCCUCACCGGAUCACGUUGCGGUGAUCAGAUUGAGAAGUUUGACUUUGUCUUCCGCUGCAACUUUGCACCAACAGAGGUCUUCAAGAGAGAUGUUGGGCGGCGCACAAACAUGACAACCUUUAACCCGAGUAUCUUAGAGAAGUACUACAACAAUUUAUUGACGGUGCAGGACAGGAACAACUUCUUUCUGAGCCUGAAGAAGCUGGAUGGUGCAAUUCUCUGGAUCCCGGCAUUCUUCUUCCACACGUCAGCCACAGUGACUAGGACUCUGGUGGACUUCUUUGUGGAACAUCGCGGGCAGCUGAAGGUCCAGCUGGCCUGGCCUGGAAACAUCAUGCAGCACAUAAACAACUACUGGAAAACCAAACAGCUGUCGCCAAAGCGUCUGAGCACCGGCAUCCUGAUGUACACGUUGGCGUCUUCUAUGUGUGACCAGAUCCAUCUGUACGGCUUCUGGCCAUUCGGCUGGGACCCCAACACGGGGAAGGAGCUGCCUUAUCACUACUACGACAAGAAGGGCACCAAGUUCACCACUAAAUGGCAGGAGGCCCAUCAGCUGCCUGCUGAGUUCAAACUCCUCUACAAGAUGCACACAGAGGGACUGCUGAAGCUCAGCCUCUCCCACUGCGCUUAGACAUGAAACUGCAGGCGGUAUUUCAA